UUCAAGCUUUUUUGCUUUUACUGCGCGAGGUCUUCCAAAUCAAUUCGGUUCGGAAAUGUUCAGGAUCUGAUGAUCUGAUCCGAGGCAUUCCGAGGUGAGACGAGGUGAUCCGAGGUUGAGAGUUGUGUCCUGAGUGCAUAACGCACGUUUGUAUGUACAUAUUUAUGUACGAGAGAGUUAAGUUUUCAUUAAAGUUGAGCUUAUUUGUGAUUACUUACUUGUGUGACAGGAUGGCUGAGGAAAAUAAUGUGCUUUUUAUAAGGGGAAAUGGAAAUAAAAGUGAGAACGAAGACGUUUGGGAUGAUACUGCGUUGAUACAAGCAUACGAUAGAGCUGUAAAUUUGGCCAAGGAGGAAGUAGCAAAACGUAUUGCCAUGGAUACUCAGGACCGGCAGACAAAGCAAAAGUUACAGAAUUCCAAAUACUCCAAUCACACAAAAACACACAAGAAAUGGACCGUUGGUGCUCCAUGCCGUGCUGUAUACUCUGUAGAUGGACGAGUAUACGAAGCCAUUAUAUCAAAAAUUCAUCAAAAUUCUGGCAUGUGUACGGUGAAAUUUGUUGGAUAUCAGAAUACAGAAAAGGUAGAGAUAAAUUCUCUUCUGGAAUCUGAAGGAUUGCAAAGUCAAAUUGCCCAGCAUAAGGAUGCGUUAACGCAAAAGGCUAAUGACGAAGUCGAUUCCGACACAUCCACCUAUUCCAAUCUGCAAAAUUCCAAACAAAGGAAUGGCGAAAGAAUGGAUUGCGAUACGGAGGAUCCUAGGUCAUUUAAAAAUAAUUUUAUGCCUGGACUUGAAUAUUUUAAUCCAGCGAUAGACGCAAUGCCACCUGCACCACCCUUACCACCAUUAAUGGCUAAGUUGCCCGAAACUGAUGCAGAUGCAUUGUCUAGUAUGUUGAUGUCGUGGUAUCUAAGUGGAUUCCACACAGGUUAUUAUCAUGGGUUAAAGCAGGCUAAAAUUAAUCAGCAGAAGAAAAGAAACUGUCAAUAG